AUGGCGCGGGCGAUGGCGAUUUCGGCUCUACCGGCUGCGCGUCUCUCGAGAGUAGGCCUCUGGAUUCUUCCCACAUUUUUCUUUUCUUUCUGCGAAUGGGAUUGGAUUUAGCCAGGCUUGCUCCGCUUCUGACAAAGACAAGCUCCAAAUUCCCGCUGCUGCUAGUGUCCCCGAGCUCAAGACGACGAUCUUACGCUCUGUGUCUAAUACAAAUCGUGGAUGCAACGAGUGAGCAAAAGCAAAAGAUCUUGUCACUGGUGGAAGAACUAGAGCGUAUGAAUCCCACGGAAAACCCAGUAAACUCUCAUCUUUUGUCUGGAACUUGGGCUUUACUUUACACGGCUCCACUGAAUGAAGAAAUUGUGGAUAGAUAUGCUGGCACCGAAGAGGGCCCUUUUCUUUCAAGAAUCAAACCACUGGCAUUUGGAACUAUCAAGCAAACUCGAAGCUUGCAGAUUAUCGAUUCCAUCAAUGGGAGCGUGAAAAACAUUGCAGACUUUUCCUUUCUUGGGAUCAAUGGUUCUCUGUGCAUAAACGCAGCAGCCGUAAAAUCUUUGGAGCCUGACACACAAGGCGUCCGCCUGCUCGUCACGUUUGAGAGCUUUGUGUUGACGAUCAACAGGAUCCGAGUUGCCACCAUUUCUCUCGCGUUUAUCAAACCAAAGGGAUGGGUUGACACUACGUACUUGGACGACGAUAUGAGAGUCGGGCGAGGUGACAAAGGAUCCAUUUUUGUUGCCGUGAGAACGAAAAUGGUCCCAUCACUAUAAUUUCGAUCCAGGUGAUGAUCCAUUCGAUUCUCGGUUUUUGCAAAGGAUCAACUUACGAGCUGCCGCUAUCAGAGACUCGAAGAUCACAGUGACUGUUGCAUUUUGCUCUCCGGAUCUUCUCACAUUGCCGGAGCUUAGAAAAUGAUAUCGCCAGGCUGAUCAAAACAUUUGUACCAGGGAAGAUGAGAAACAACGCGCUUCACUCUAAAAAAGCUAUCCAGCCGGAGUAUAUUCCAAGAA